UCAAACUAAUGUGUCGAUAUAACUGGGGUAUCCGUUGGGCAAGAACCAAAAAAAGAUGAUUUUCGGGCUCAAGAAAUCUCAGUGUCUGCAGUGUCACUUGCGCAGGGUAUGGCUACCCUCAAUCCUGAAUUUGGGAGUCUCAGAGGAGAUCCUUUUGUGGAUGAUAGUAUGGGUUCUGGUCCUGUUUCAAGUGAUGAGUCCAUUGACAGUUCUCUGUCUGAUUAUGAAUCUUCCGAUGCCCUGUCCAGUGAAGGUGAACGUGAAGAAGAUGACCUGUAUCAGCCUCUGUCUUUCAGCUCCUAUGAGCAUUCAGUAGAUGAAAGUGCAACUCUGACAGCUAUUGAAUCAUGCCCUAUUGCUGAAGGAAAGUCAGUGGUUCAAGGGCAUCAAGAAGAACCUGUAAAUACCUGUUCUGAUGUUCUACCAGAAAUGGUAUCUCGUACUUGUAAAGAACACAAGAAAAUGUUACAGGAAACUAUUCAGAAGGAUUUUAAAGAACUUAUGAAGGGCAAAAGUUCAUCAUUAAAAUAUCAAGCCCUGUAUGAAGGUGCACGAGUGAUGGUGGAUGUGGAGAAAAUUUUGCCAUUGUUUGAGGUUCCAUGUGGGAAGAAAAGUUGUGGAGAAAAAAAUGAAGUUGUGGAGCAAAAGCUUGAAGCUGGUGUGUUGACAGUUAUAUACCAGUGCAAAAAUGGCCAUCGUUGUGUCUGGCACUCAUCCAAAGUUCUUUCAAUCAAAGGUGGGCAGAAAGUGUUUGUUUCAUCAACUCUCUUGGCAGCAGCAACAUUGAUUACUGGAAAUAACUUUGAAAAAAUCAGCCUCUUUGCAUCUUCUUUGAACAUGAAUUUCAUCUCAUCAACGACUUUCCAUCGUAUUCAGACAUUUUAUGUUGUUCCAAGCAUCAAGGAACUAUGGGAUGAAAUGAAAGGAAAAAUUUGGAAUCUAUUUGAAAAGGACCAUUUGGUUCUUUGUGGUGAUGGGCGAAUGGACUCCCCUGGUUUUAGUGCAAAGUAUUGUUUGUACACCAUGAUGGACCACUUCCUGGAUUUAAUUGUUGAUGUUGAGGUAGUGGACAAGAGAGAGGCAAGUGGCACCUCUUCACUCAUGGAAAAGAUGGGCUGCAAGAGGAUCCUUGAGAGAAUGGUGGGAAUAUUAAAUCUUCAGGAGUUGGUGACUGAUGCAUCUAGUGUUAUAAUGAAGAUGGUCAGAGAACUAAAAAGUAAUGUUUUAGUAAAUUUUUUCAAUUUGAUUUUCUAUACUUGGCCCCACGUGCUUUGUUACCUCCUUCAAAACAUAGGCUAA